ACCAUUCUUGCAUUUUAAAUCGUCCAAGUGGGGUCCGAGGUCUCUUUUAACCGAAGAACGAUUCAAACGUGUUCAGUGCGUUCAGUGCGACCAGACACCCAUCGAUUUUCACAGUCGCCCUCUUACCAUUAGUGCUUUGUUUGUCGAUUUUGUAACCAGCUGUUGGGGUGUCGUUUUUGGAUCACUUUAAACACCUAAAACUCUUUGAACUUAUCCUUGAUAAUCAAUUUGUCGUCACUCGUUGCUGUACCGUUAGAAUUAUCGUGCAGAAAUGGCGUUUUCUAUUUUGAGAAAUGGACUGAAACUGGGAAAGAACGUACAAAAGAUUGUAUGUUCGAAAAAUCCGGUGGAAAUUGCAAAAUUGGAGGGCUUGAGGAAUACAGCAGCGGCUUUAUCUUGUACUCAACAAUCCUGCCUCCUCACACCUAAGAUUACGAACUUAGAGCUGGCGUCGCGUGGGCUGAGUAGCAAACAUGACACCAAACCGCAUCAUGAACGCAAAUACCAAUCAUCAUCUGAAUCUGAUUGUGAUUUGGAAGGAUGGUUGGGCAAGAGGGGAGACUCUGAUUUUUGGAGGAGGAAGAUGCGCACUUUCCACUCCAUCCUGGAUCUGAAUAAGGAUGGAGUGAUUUCUUUUGAUGACUUCAAGCUGUUGGCUGAUGGUUUUGUGGAUUUGGGGCACCUCAGUGAGAAACAUACACAGGAAUUUUAUAAAGUUAUACAGGAUCUAUGGGAGAAGCAGUUUGGAGAAAUUACGGCCUACAACCUGAUAUCUGUCGAAAGGUUCUUGGAGAAUAUGCAUCAUGUGCUUAAUGAUAAAAGGCUUGUGAGACGUGCUCAUUCUUUCCUGCCCUAUUUAUUCAAGGCUGUGGAUAAGGAUGCAUCAGGUCAAAUAACAGUGGAGGAAUUUAAGCUGUUUUUCAAUGUGCUAGGACUGAAAGAAAUGGACGCAGUGUUAGCGUUCAGAGCCAUCGAUUCUAAUGGAGAUGGAAGAAUCAGCAGUCAAGAGUUUGUGAAGCAUGGAAGAGACUUCUUCGUUACAGAAGAUGAGGAGAGAAUUUCCAAGUACUUUUGGGGACCCUUGGUCGAGCAUUAACGCAGCGGUGUUUAACGAUUCCUCCUUACUUUAGACGAUAUUUUCUUAUUAAGCUAGACCUACGUUUUCCAGACUAUUGACCGCAAAAUGCCGAACUUUGGGUUCUGUUAAGAUGUGGAAGUCUUAUCGAUUAUUGUUUAACUUUAUCUAUUGAUCUGCAUUAUUGCAAAGCGCUAAAAUUGCCAUUUAGCAAGUUGAAUGUUUAAUUAUUAACCGAGAACACUUCUUGAUUUCGUCUUCAUACAUUUUAUGAAGCGUUAAGAUUAUUGUGAUAAAGUGGUUUAUAUGUUUAGAUUAAGCAAGUUUAUUAAAGCUAUUUUUUAAACA